GCCUUGCCGACAUUGACCCACUGAGCGGCCACUCCUUGUCCUUGAAUCUCAGAUUGCCUUCAGGACUCUGGCUUGACCUCCUCGGGCCUUGCUGUCUGCCAGCGCCUUCAAAAUCGCCCUUUCAACGCAACCUCUACGACGACUUACACCUGCCGGCCACAACGUUCGAAUGGCGACUACCGAACAGACUGCGCCACGAGACUCCAACGCGGACGAACACGCGUCGCAAGCACCCGUGUCAGUCAAUGGCACGCCUAAGAAAGGCGGCGCGCCGCCGCCGAAACGCGUCUUGCCAUCGCGUUCCCGGCGAGGAGGGCCGGGCGUCGGGAGUUGUGAGACAGACAUGAUGAUUCUGGAUACUAUGCGGCGGAGACUCGAGAACGAACCCCUUAUCCCCGCUACCACCAAAUUCCUGCUGACCACCAACUCGUCCCUUGUUCCCUCCACCUCAGACGCGCCGAACUUCGAGGUCGAAAUCAACACGCACGCAUAUGGUCGUUACUUCGACCGGCCAGAGGUGCAGAAGGCGUAUAAGGAGCAGCAACUUAUCCAGACCCCCGAGUUCACUCAGCUGGAUGAGGACGCCAGCGUCGGGGGCCGGUUCAGGCCACGAGUGGCAGAAGACGAGCCCGCGGACACGUCCGACGCGGCGUACGAGAAGCGGCAUCGCAAGUACGAGACGUUUGAGAAGCGACAACGGCUGCGCGAGAAGGAGAAGCUCAAACACGAGCAGUACAAGCUCAAGGAGCGCAUCGACCAGCUGCGCGGCAUGGACCCAUCUGCAUUCCUCACCCUCCCCGCGUCCGACUUCCCCCCGCCGCCAGACGUUCCUCCAGAUGACGUAGUAGAGCAAAACGGGGACGGGAUUGAGCUUGGCGGUUUGCAUCCACAUGGCGCCGCGCAGGUGGAGGGAGAACGCCGGAGGAAGGAAAUGCUGGCCAUCGCCUCAAGUCUGGAGGACCGCUAUCGUACGCUGCUCAACCCAGACAAGAAACCACCCGAGAAGAAAUACGGGUCUCAUGCUGUGUCUGAGGUCGUUGCAUCCGACUCUGAACCAGAACCAGAAGAGAACGACGAGAUGCAGGAGGAGGCGGCAGAGGUAGAGGAGGAAGAGGAAGAAGAAGUGGACGAGCUAGAUCAGUCUGAAGAGGCGGACACUAUGUUGCCUCAGCGGCCGUCGUAUCAUGACGAGUCAGGGGAGUCCGAGGUCGAUUUCGACGAGCGCGACCGACAGCGCUCAAAGGGUCUCAAGCUGAAGAUCAAGUUCCCUCCCCGGACGCCGGCGCAACUGAAGGACGCACUAUCGAAGUCAACCACUAAAAAAAAGAAACAGACCACGCUGUCACCAUUCAUGAAGCAUGCACUCGAGGCGAGCCGGAAGGUGGACGACCAGAGUCCGACCAAAAUGCUCGCGACAACAUCCAUCCUCACCACCACCGCCUUUGCCCCGCCGCGCGCUCGUGGAGCCAGUGGCAAGUUCCUGCCGAAAGGCAAGGAGCACGACAGCGCAAGUCCUACGAAGGUACACCCCCGAAAACGCCCACGCACAGACAGCCUGGCGUCCUUCACGCAUCCGACGAAGCCAACGAACGGCGAGUCGAUCUCCUCCGGAGCGGUGCGCCCCAUGCGCCUGGACUCGCCCGGUUCGAGGCAGUACGCGACGUACGCAGGGGCCGCGGGGAAGCAGGAGCAGACGACGUGCGUGCUCAUGGCUGCCGCCCUGCGCAACUCUGCCGCACCUAAUGUGCGCAAGACACAACGAAACGUCCUGGCGUUUGGUGCGCGGGUGCCACCAGAGAUCGAGCUAGUACGGGACUUCGAGGUCCCGGAGUGGGUACUCAACCAAGAUACGGAGGACGACGCGCAAGACGAGCUGUCCCUUGACGGUGGACCGCCUGACGAAUACAGGAGUUUAUCGAGGGACUUCAAGCGGGAGUCAGUUGCCUCCGAGCGUAACGGUCUAUUAUCGAGAGCAAACGAAGAGGACACAGUGCAGAUAGCAUACCUCGAACAGUGACGCAGCAUAUUUAUUUUUUUCUUUAUCAUCCGUCAUGUACUUCCCGUGUAGCGAUGAGUCUGAUGGUCGGGUUGUGUCACAUACCCAUAUGUAUUGAGUAUGUAUGUCAAGGAUACCCUGAGAGACAUGUCUACGCUCAAUCAUUCUACGCGGGCUGGUUUUCUACAACCUUGUUCACCACCAGGCUCUGCACGGUGCCC